CAAUCCAGUUUGAGCUAGUUCUGGUGCUGGUCGGACGUCUAUAACGUUUAUACAUUAAGUUACAUACCGCACUGGAGGUGCAAGCAGAGGCGUAGGGCUGACUCUUUUCAUUCAGUUUCUUGAGCUGUAAAAGACCGUUGUUCUUUUAUCUCUGCUGUACAGUCAAAGCAACAAUGGGAAGGAAAAAAUCCAGCAGUGAUGCAGUUGCAAGUGCAGAGCCGCGGAGAAAGUCUCAAAGGUUGUCAGAAAAAGAGACACAACCAAAAUCACAGCCAGAAAAGACAAAGGCACCUCCCAAGAAUAAAAAGGUGAAAGAGCCUGCAAAGGCCAAGCCAGAGGAGAAGAAAGAAGAACCUCAGGCAGAGAAAGAAGAGGCUCCUGCAGAAAACGGUGAAGCCAAACCCGAGGAGCAGGCUGCAGCAGCAGAUGAGGCAGACAAAAAGGAGGACAAGGCUGAGGAGGAGGAGGAGGAGGAGGAUAAAGCAGCAGAGUAGUAGUAAAACCUAAAAACUCAGUUGCUCCCUGUACCUCCUUUCUUGUACAAUGCAGAGAAUAUUUUUAUCUUCUAUUUUCUUAAGACAGCAGUGUUUUUAGGGAUGUGAUUGCAGAAAUGCAUUUUUUUUUUUUUAAUACUACAAAUUCCAUUCAAUUUCAUGGCUUCUGUGAAGGGAAAGUUUGUGGUUUCAUUCAUUGUACUUGUUUUUUGUCUCUCUGGCUUCUUCUUUGGCCUUUUUAGAUUGUGGUUUUCUGCAUGACAUGUAGUCAUGCCUGCAGUGGGGUCCAGAAGUUUGAGACCACUUUCCCAUCCAAGUGGCCUCACACUUUGGGACCCCACUAUAUAUCAGGAAUUCCAGGAUUUACCUGAAACAUUCCCGAGGAGUCUCGAGGGAUUUUGUGACCUGUACUGUUUUGGAAUUUAAUACAUUGUAAUAUUGUGUUAGAUAGGGAAUAGAAUGGCUUAAAGUUUGAGAGUUGUGUUCUAUGCUAUGUAACAUCUUCUUCACAACAUUCACUUUAAUCAUGUUCACUAGUACUGGAAUUGGUCAUGUUGAUUUAUUUUUUUUGAUUUAUUUUUUUUGAUUUUUUUUUAUAAUGCAGUCUGUGAUGGUAUAUUUGAGGACAGUUAAAUUUAUCCAUAUUCUCAGCUGUGCUCAAAAGAAAAUACAUUACAGAGUUAAUCAUACUUGCUGUGUUUAUCCUUUUAGGAUAACUGUAUUUUCAUUUAAGUCAACAAAAUGUAUAUGCCACACAUUUGUGGAUAUAUUCAUUGUGGUUUUGGGAUUUCUCUACUAAUGUACAGUUUCCUCCUUUUUUUUUUAAAAAAAGAAAAAAAAAAGAAAAUGUUUUCUUUGAAUGGUAUGAAUGGUAUAAAAUGCCAAUUAAAGUGGGAAUUUCUCUUAAAUCUUU